AUUCUAAAAUAAUAAUUAUUAGCAAUGAGAUAAUAUAUUUUCAUUAUUGAAAGUGUAAAAGUCAUUAUCUUUUGCAGAUUGAUUAUGUGUGGUGUGCAAGCUGUGCUUGCCCUUUUAAAAACUUUCCUUGAGGGGGAAUUCGCUUUCUGAAACAGCAGUCAGAUUUUUUUUACAUGAAAACAUUUUAGGUCGUGAUAAGCCGAAAAUAGUAUCAUAACACGAUCACGUGAUGAGAAAUUGUGCGAUAGCUCUCCACGGUCCCGACGACGUUUUUGACUUUUGUUCUGUCUUCACAGACAGUUGUGCGAGAGGAACUUAAAAGUCAAGCACUAUUCACCUUGAGAAUGCUGCACAGAUUGCUGGCAUCAUCAUCUUCUGAGAGGUUGAGGCCGAGGGAGGAAGUCAUUGAGCCAUGUGAGGAGGUAGAGGAUGGACAACCACAUAACCCCUACACUGAAAUUUUGGUUCUUCAACAUCACUCUGAUAUCAUCCGCAUCCUGCUACGCAUCAAUGACCGAAGGUUUGUGUCUGCUGGAGAUGACAACAAAGCUGUCAUAUGGGAAGUACAGUAUGGGAAGAGAAUUGCUACACUUAUGGGUCACACUCAUCCCAUAACCUGCCUCCUUGUGAUGCCAGCUGAUGACGACAAUGAAGAGCCAGUCAUUAUUUCAGGGUCAUCAGACAAACAAAUUAGAAUAUGGGAUUCAGAAAAUGGAGAGUGUCGUCAGGUACUGAUAGAGCAUGGUGCAUCAGUGAGAUCUAUGCAGCCUUUAGGUCCAGGGCUCUUUAGUGCAGGGGGUGAAAACUUGUCCCUGUGGAAUCUGAAUGGAGAUCUUUUGCAUUUCAUCGGCAACUCUGCACAAGAAGAUGUACAUUUGAUGAUCUCUAUUAGACAAGAACGAAUCAUCACUGCUGCUGACAAAGAACUGUUUGCGUACAAAUUGAAGCAUGAAGUUGAUCAACAUAACAGUAACAGAUUUGAGUUGAUCAAACUAAAGCAAUUACAGUCCCACCGUGAGGCCAUUCAUAGCCUUGUUUCUGUCUCAACAUCAUGUUUUGCCAGUGGGUCAGUGGAUGGUAUGAUCAUCAUCUGGACCGCUUCCAACCUUCAGCCAGCCCGGAGGCUCAAUGCUGUAACAGAGUAUGAAGGAGCCAAUCGGAGGUUUCCUUACAGUGUUCAAAGUAUGAUGUGUGUUCAGGAGCGUUAUCUGUUUGCAGCAGUUGGCUGUGGUUUUUAUGUAUUCGAAAUCAACGCUGAGAAAGAGCAUUUAGUGGUGCAAAAGAAGUCCGCUCAUUUCUCGAAGGUCACUUGCAUGGGAUUUGCUUCAGAGGGUGAAUUCUUGGUGACUUGUUCAGAAGACAAAUGCCUACGACUGUGGGGUAAAAAACCAUCCACUGAUCACUGGAAUGCACGAGAUGGCAUGGCAGUCACAACCAUGGAAAAGUUUACUGGGCUUCAGUCCCAGGAGUUACACCAGGUGUCCUCCCAGUAUCCAUGGGAACCGAGUCUGCUGGGGGAGCUGUCGGCUCACGGAGGCAGUGUGCAGGGUUUCUUGGACUUUGAUCACGAAGGAAUCGUUUCUUGUGGUGCUGAUGGUGUUGUCAUUAUUUGGAAGAAUGCAGAAAUGCAGCAUGUGAGACGAAAUCAGACAGUAAGGAAGCUUUUACUAAGUUCAGAUGGGAUUGUAUAAUGGGUUCGAUUUGUAGUUGUACAAUAGUCAAAACUUAUGAUUGUGCAUUCCAUUUGGAUAUCAUGCUAGCUGUGGUGAGACUACAUGGCUUGUUUUUAAAUACUCGGCUGUAUCUUGAGAAACCUUUACAUGAGUUCCUCUAGAAAGCUUCUCUGUGAUGGCUCAAAAUGCUUUUCAUUUAUUUAUAAUUGUUCAUUUUAUGUAUGAAAUGUGAUGGCUAUUACAUAUAUAAAUGAAUGAGAGGACCAGUGGACUUUAUUACUAAAUA